GAGGUGAAAGACAAGCAUGUACCGAGCCUACCUUGCUUAAUUACUGUGCCAUAAAAUUUCUGUUAUAUAUCUCACUAAUGUAAACUAAAGACUGACUAUUUAGGAAACAAACUAGAUGUGUGUCUUUUCUUAAACAGCAGGUCUUUUUCAAGUCACAGUGUUUAGUUUAUGCCUGAUGAACAGUGAACACGGUGUAUGACUCAAUAACCCGUGGACCGGUCUCCAACUAUAGCAAUACUAAAGGCAGAGCAUGGGCAUUAAGAAUAGGCCCAAGAUGAAGAGAAAAACAAGCAUUUUUUUUCCAAUCCUUAGUCAUCUUUUUGUUUCGUGGUGGGAGCUGAGCACAAGCCAUUCUUUCCUUGCUACUUCCCAAGUUGCAACCAGCUCAUCUCUCCAAGGUGAGAACAGGCCAGGUCAAUCCCAGUGGGACCGUUGAGUCCUUUGCCUGGACUAGUAUAUAUAGAGAGCACAGGACAGCACCCUUUUGCUCCUAAAUCUAGAAGAUACAUGUGCCCUGCUCCUCAUACCACCAUCACCCAGGACUUAUCAGACGCUCUUGGCUCUUCAUACACACUGCAGAACCUCACAGUGGAGUUUCCACCGAGCAACUGCGCCUAAUCCUUGGGUGGGUUUAGUUUCUUGGUCUCUUUUUCUCCUCUUUGCUGAAUCUACCCAAUUUCCCUGGCUUUCCUCGGAGCAAUUGCGCCUAAUCCUUGGGUUCUUAUAAUACUCCUCUUUGCAUGAGCUUCUGUACAAAUAUCUGAAGCUUCUAAGAAGCAAAUCCCAUACUCUCGCAAUGGCUUGCUUCCGUUUGUUCCGGUGGAAGAGGAAAUCCAGAAGCCAAAUCGUGCAGCAGGACAUAGACAUACCACUCCAUGGCAACGUGAAGAUAUACUCCUCCAAGGAGCUCAAAAGGGCCACAAGGAAUUUCUGCUCAGGAAACAAACUCGGGCAGGGUUCUUUCGGCUGUGUUUACCUGGGAAAGCUGAAGAAUGGUCAAAAAGUUGCCAUCAAGGUGCUCUCCUCUGAGUCAAAGCAAGGAACGAGGGAGUUCUUGAAUGAACUGAGUGUCAUAUCCAGCAUAACCCACCACAACCUUGUAAAACUCCACGGCUGCUGCGUCGAUGGAGGUCAGAAAAUGCUGGUCUACAAUUAUCUGGAGAACAACAGCCUCGCAAGGACCCUCUUCAGCAAUGCCCACAGUAGCAUCCGGUUUGACUGGAGGACAAGGGUGAAGAUCUGCAUCGGUGUCGCUGACGGUCUCGCAUAUCUGCAUGAAGAAAUCCGGCCGCACAUCGUCCACCGUGACAUCAAGGCCAGUAACAUUCUGCUUGACAAGGACCUGAGCCCCAAAAUAUCGGAUUUCGGGCUAGCAAAGCUCUUCCCAGGCAACAUGACGCAUAUCAGCACGAGGGUUGCAGGAACAUUAGGGUAUUUGGCACCGGAAUACGCGAUCCGAGGGCAGCUAACGAAGAAGGCCGAUGUCUACAGCUUUGGAGUUCUGCUACUGGAGAUUGUCAGUGGCAGGUGGCACACUGACCCCAGAUUGCCUCUCCAAGAUCAGUUCCUCCUAGAAACGGCUUGGACUCUCUACGAGUCUGGUGAUCUUGGGAGCAUCAUCGACAAGACCUUAAAAGAUGGUUACGGCACUGAUGAAGCUCAUAGGUUUUUGAAAAUAGGACUUCUGUGCACCCAGGAUAGCCCCAAGGUCAGGCCCUCCAUGUCGACAGUUGCAAAGAUGCUAAAGGGUGAGUGCCCCGUCAGCGACAACAUCAUGAGGCCAGGCCUGAUCACAGAUGUCAUGGACCUGAAAGUCAGAACAAUCGAGCCUGCUCUUCAGUUAAAUGUGUCUCCAACAAUGUCUCCGUUGGAUAACCACUCACUGGUGUCUAACCUUGCAUCCGCCGGUAGCACUGUGAUAAGGGACAGUCCUUGAUGAGAAGUUAAAAAGACAUAUGAAGGAGAAUAUGCUCAAGCAACAAUGGCUGUAAAUAGGAGGGAUGACGAAAAGCAUGUCAAGAGAGGCAUUUGAUUUCAUUUGUGUUUCUAGAUUGCCAGUUAGAUGUACUGUUAGUUGUUUGUAUAUGUUGCAUCUGAGCUUUUGAUGAUCAACAACAAGUGAAUAUCCUCAGUGUCCUGUGGGGCAUGGUUUAUAGGUGAAGAAGAAGGGCACAGCUACACCAGGCACCCAAGCUCGAUGCAGAGGCCGGGGCGACGCCUCCUUUUCUAAAAAAAAAACCAGGCACCCAAGCAGGGAGCGCUGGACUUUCAGAGAUUUGCUAGUUAGUACCUUUCCUAAAUUUGGCAAGCCAGGGUUACCUUUUUUUGUGUGCACAGAAAUAGUGGCUACAAUGUUUCGUCAAGUAUACACUAAAAAUCUCACACGGAUAAUGACAUGACUUGCAUCUGCAUGAA